AACGUUUUUUCAGUAAUAAUAAUACAAAAAAAAAAUAAUAUUAUUAAAUAGUCAUUAUACAUUUAUUUUAAGCACAGUAUAAUGCUAAGAAUAUUUUGAUGUAGUAAGUGCAUAUUCUAUAUUUGACUUUAGAACAAAAUGUAUUAACCCGAUAAGAUUUAAGAACAACAGUAAAAGGAAUGUUGACAACAAAUCUGAAAUCGUUAUCCAGGCAUAUCGUUAUAUUACAUUACAUCAUCACAGAAUGUAAAAAUGCUUUUUUGAUUAGUAAUACCUAAAUGAUAAUAUUUUCAUAGAAUUUAUAACUGUCGAUCUCGUUAGUUGUAUUGAAUAAACUAUACUCAAACUGUAAUCUUGUCUAGUAGACUACCAAUUAAUUUGAUAAUAAAUCUAGGUAUUGCAUCAAAUUUAGUCUUAUAUAUUAAAACUACAUAUAAAACUUCAAUAUUAGUCAAAAGUUAUAUUUCUAUUUUUCUACCACUAGAUUAUAUAGGUAUUAGAAUAUUUGAGAACUUAUUCAAGCACAAUAAUUUCAUCGCAGUUGAUUGAAAAGGCAACGUUAUCCCACUAAUUUGUUGUAACUCGUGAAUCAUGGAGCUUGGGGAAAUCGGCAUCAGAAGAUUCAGCUCUACGUCUCAAAUCCAAACACCGGAACAAAUGCCUUCAAGAUUUAUCGACAGGUUUAUCCGUUUGAAAACUACAUAUUGGAACAGAGGAUUUGCAAUAGUUUUGCUCACAUUUAUAGGUUUAAAAAUUCUUCAAAUAGAAUAUUUAUCAUUAUUUUUGAGUUUAAGCGAGUUGUAUGAAGAAAAUUAUAGUCCUUACUGUGGCUAUGGAAUGUUAAUCGGUUUUAUACCUGGCGGUGUCUUAGCCACUGUUUAUCCGGCUCACAACAUUUUUGGGAUUUCGUUCAUCGUAUAUUCUAUAUAUCAUUUUAUGGAAGUCAUGAAUACAGUAUUUUUCUUAAACGCUGACUUGCAUCAUUUUUUUCAAUUUUGUAUGGGAAUGACAAUGGCCAUGGCAUAUUCGGCUCCUCACAGGGUUUGUACAUUUUGGAUUCCACUGAAAAAACAGUCUUUACGUUAUGUUCCAAUACUAUUGUAUUCGAUUUUCAAUACUCAAUUGUGUUAUUAUAUCAUCAACUCAUUUUUGCAAAACAUAAAUGGAUUAAUUGUUCUUUUUAGGUUAGCAUGGUUUAUUUUGUGGUUGUACGUGGUGAAUAGAGAUCGUUCUCAGAGCCUAUUUAGACCAUGUAGAGAUUCGAACAAUGUGCCACGUUCUUCUGGAAUCUCUAUCAUAUCCUUAAAAAGGUCAAUCAUUUUGGACAUUCCGUGGAAGUCGUUUUGUACUUCAUUGCCCGUCAUUGCUCUUGUUAUAUCAUAUAUAUGUAAUACUAAUGCAAUUUAUAUACAAGAAUCUUACUUUGCUAAAUCUAUUAAAUCAUCUGAUCAGCCUUUGAGAAAUCACUCCUCGAUUAUGUUAUUACCCAUAUUCGUCGUAUUAGAAUUAUUUCCGGAAAUAACAGUAUGCAUAUCCGUCACAAACGUCAGAAAGCUUUUGAGUUGCUCAAUUUGCAUCGCAAUGGGCGUGGAAUUCUUGCUGGAAGCUUUUAAGGUCAAUACUUUUUUGCUUUUAGAUAAAAACGAAUUGUUCAAAUUCAUUUACAGUGAAAUGAAAUAUUUUCAUAUUUUUGGGAUCGGUUUAAACCAUUUGGAUAUCGCACCAAAAUAUGCCAGUAUAAUUUUUGGGUUCCAAUCGACUAUAUUUCACAUUUCCCGGAUCUAUUUAUUCGAUAUCUCAGAAAUAUUACUCAUUGCUGAUGGACGUGACGAUUUCCGAAUUCAUAUACUGAUGGCAGUAAUAUAUAUUUCCGUGGCAGUGUUCUAUGCAAUUUUCGGUUCGGCGGAAAUACAACCAUGGGGAGAAGAUAAGACAAUAAAAGAUAAUCAACAAAAUAUGCAUGAUGAAGUCAUUCUACCUGCUGUGUGAUGGAUUCAUGAAACAUCGAAUUUUCGAGUCGCAUCAUAUUUUUUUUAUGCCUUCAUAAAAUAAACAAACUAAUUUAUUGUGUUAUCUUUAUAUGUAUACAUAUAAUUCUUCGUUAUAUUUUAUGUCUGUACCUCACUGAAUUCAACCUAAACUACUAUAUCGAUUUUGAUGAAAUUGCUUGGGCGUUAAAGUAGUUAACUUGAAUCAAAACUUGAUUAGAUAAUCUUAAAGUAUGCAUAAAAUCAUCGCAUUUGGGCUUUUGAAUAAAGUAAUUAUAUAUUCUUAUAACAAAUAUAUGAGAGUUGAAUAUAUGUGUGUCAUGGGCGUAGGUAAGGGGGGGUUUAAACACCCCCAGAAAUUAAAUAAAACAAUCUUGAGCUUUUUGUGAAUUUGUUCGAGAAUAUUAUUAACUCGCAUAUUAUUUAGGAUUUAGAUGAAAACCCCCUCCAAAAAUAUUUCCUACCUACGCCCAUGAUGUGUGUAGCUUAUAUAUAGUAGAACUUAAUCUUGGAGGGAGGCUGAAGGCUGUAGCUACUAAAUUGUAUUACGUGAAAGGUAUCCCGUGGGGCAGUCUUAUAAGACAUAGGUAGUUUUAAAAGUAUUCAAGUA